AGCACCCUCUCUCCUCUCUGCCAACCAGCUCGCUCACUCACCUCCUCCUUGGCACCAUGACCUCCUGCAGCCGCCAGUUCACCUCCUCCAGCUCCAUGAAGGGCUCCUGUGGCAUUGGUGGUGGCUCCAGCCGCAUCUCCUCUGUCCUGGCCGGAGGAUCCUGCCGGGCUCCCAGCACCUAUGGGGGCCUGUCAGUCACCUCCUCCCGCUUCUCCUCUGGGGGAGCCUGCGGGAUGGGGGGUGGCUAUGGUGGUGGCUUCAGCAGCAGCAGCAGCUUUGGUGGGGCCCUAGGUAGUGGCUUUGGUGGAGGAUAUGGUGGUGGUGCUGGUUUUGGUGGUGGCUUUGGUGGUGGGUUUGGUGCUGGUUUUGGUGGUGGUGAUGGUGGCUUCUUCUCUGGCAAUGAGAAGAUCACCAUGCAGAACCUCAACGACCGCCUGGCCUCCUACCUGGACAAGGUGCGGGCCCUGGAGGAGGCCAACACCGACCUGGAGGUGAAGAUCCGAGACUGGUACCAGAGGCAGCGGCCCUCUGAGACCAAAGACUACAGCCCCUACUUUAGGACCAUCGAGGACCUGAGGAACAAGAUCAUUACAGCCACCUUGGAGAAUGCCCAGCCCAUUCUGCAGAUUGACAAUGCCAGGCUGGCAGCCGAUGACUUCAGGACCAAGUAUGAGCAUGAGCUGGCCCUGCGCCAGACUGUGGAGGCCGAUGUCAAUGGCCUGCGCAGGGUGCUGGACGAGCUGACCCUGGCCAGAGCCGACCUGGAGAUGCAGAUUGAAAGCCUCAAGGAGGAGCUGGCCUACCUGAAGAAGAACCACGAGGAGGAGAUGCUUGCCCUUCGGGGUCAGACUGGUGGGGAUGUCAAUGUGGAGAUGGACGCGGCUCCUGGUGUGGACCUGAGUCGCAUCCUGAAUGAGAUGCGUGACCAGUAUGAGCAGAUGGCCGAGAAGAACCGCAGAGAUGCUGAGGCCUGGUUCUUGAGCAAGACUGAGGAGCUGAACAAGGAAGUAGCCUCUAACAGCGAGCUGAUACAGAGCGGCCGCAGUGAGGUGACUGAGCUCCGCAGAGUGUUCCAGGGCCUGGAGAUCGAGCUGCAGUCCCAGCUCAGCAUGAAAGCAUCCCUGGAGAACAGCCUGGAGGAGACCAAAGGCCGCUACUGCAUGCAGCUGUCCCAGAUCCAGGGGCUGAUUGGCAAUGUGGAGGAGCAGCUGGCACAGCUGCGCUGCGAGAUGGAGCAGCAGAGCCAGGAGUACAAGAUCCUGCUGGACGUGAAGACGCGGCUGGAGCAGGAGAUCGCCACCUACCGCGGCCUGCUGGAGGGCGAGGAUGCCCACCUGUCAUCCUCGCAGCACUCAUCUGGCCAAUCCUAUUCUUCCCGGGAUGUCUUCUCCUCAUCCUCUCGCCAGACCCGGCCCAUCCUCAAGGAACAGAGCUCUUCCAGCUUCAGCCAGAGCCAGAGCCAGAGCCAGAGCCAGAGCCAGAGCUCCAGGAACUGAUGUGCCUCCACCAGACAUCCUGCCACCUGCAGGCCUCGCCUCCUGGAGGCCUGGGCCAGGACCCUUUUCUUCCAGCGCGGCUCCAGCUGUC